CCCCUUCUCUUCCGUACAGGAGUUUGAAGGUGAACAUGGCGACGGCGGUUCUACACGAGACCUUACGCACUGGGCAGAAGAUGCCGAUCAUCGGACUUGGCACCUGGAAGAGUGCACCUGGCCAGGUGAAAAGUGCAGUGAAAUACGCACUUGGAGUCGGAUAUCGCCACAUAGACUGCGCCUCUGUGUAUGGAAACGAGACAGAAGUGGGAGAAGCCAUUAAAGAGAGUCUCUCCUCUGAUCAGGGGUUAAAAAGAGAAGACAUAUUUGUCACCUCCAAGCUGUGGAAUAACGUGCAUCACCCGGAGGAUGUGGAGGGGGCGCUAAAUAAGACCCUGAAAGAUCUGCAGCUCGACUAUCUAGACCUCUACCUCAUGCACUGGCCGUAUGCCUUCAAGAGAGGUGAUGACAUCUUUCCACAGAACCCGGACGGCUCCCUGCAGUACGACUACACCGACUACAAGGACACCUGGAAGGCCAUGGAGAAGCUGGUGGAGAAGGGUCUGACCAAGGCCAUCGGUCUGUCCAACUUCAACAAGAGGCAGAUUGAUGACGUCCUGAGCAUCUCUACGGUGAAGCCGGCCGUGCUGCAGGUGGAGUGUCACCCGUACCUGGCACAGAACGAGCUCAUCGCGCACUGCCACAAGAAUGGUCUUGUUACCGGUUACAGCCCGCUCGGAUCUCCGGAUCGCAGCUGGAGGAAACCUGAGGAUCCAGUUCUGCUGGAGGAGCCCUGCGUCCUGGAGAUGGCGAAGAAGCACUCCAAAUCCGAGGCCCAGAUCCUUCUCAGGUGGCAGGUGCAGAGGAGAGUCGUAACCAUCCCUAAAAGCGUCACCCCUUCCCGGAUCCUGCAGAAUCUUCAGGUCUUUGAUUUCUGCCUGACCGAGGACGAGAUGACGCAGAUCGGAGCCCUGAACAAGAACUGGAGAUACAUCGUCCCCAUAAUCACCGUCGAUGGAAAGCCCGUUCCCCGGGACGCUGGACAUCCCAUGUACCCGUUCAAUGACCCCUACUAAGUGGCGUCUCCGGUCGCAUCGCCAGACUCCGCCUCCUAUGCAGCCGCCAUAUUGCCUUGUGUCCAGUGCUUGAUAAAAAAAAAAUCUUCAGGGUUUGUGGAGAAA